AUGAGUAAUGAUCCAAAACAGUUAUUGAGAGCAUGUGCUGAGAAUUUAUUGAAUGCUAUGACUCGUCUUGAGAAUACAUCAAAUUCUUCUCAGCAAGUUCCUCUAAAUAGCCCAAUCACUAGCCCAACAGCAGCAUCACCACAGGUGCACAGACCUCAGCAAGUUCCUGUGCAUAGUCCAAUGCUCAGCCCAACAACAGCCUCACAGGUGCUCAGACCAACUGCAGCUGAGGAACACAGAAAUUUGUUUGGAUAUAGACCACCAUCCAGUAGUAACAGAAAUAAUAGACAGCCUCCUUCGAAAAGGAAAAGGAUAACGACAUCAACUGGACAACAGGUGUCGAUUCCUGUGCGGAACACAUGGUCCCGUACAUUUGCCUGUUUAGCAAAGAGAAAUGCAACCACAGCCCCAUCUGCAGCAGAGAAAGUAAAUAUGGCCCUUUCUGGGUUGGAUGAGCGAACAAUAUGUUUUCACAAAGGUGGAAAUUGCGAACAUGUCCACAAUAAGAUUUUGGAAGCAUUUCCAAUGCUCUCUGAUGUUGGUGGAUAUAACAUCCUACGGACGGGAGAGCGUGGCAAUUGCAAUUUGAUGCUCCUUGCUAUGCCACCUGGUGGAUAUACAGUUUCGUUUUUAAAAUCCACAAUAGGCUCGGCCAAGGGAUACAUCAGACCUUACCAAAAAGACAUUGUUAUUGGUAACAGCAUUUUCACGAGUAAAGGUCAAACUCAGGUUGGAAUUUUAUUAUUUAUUUAUUUAAAAACAGAACUUCAUUUAUAUAUAUUUUAACUAAUGCUCUGAGCAGUGUGUUUUAUCCUGUUCAGGUUACAAUACUUCUUUUCUAUAACAAUAUGUUUCAUGUUUGACAUGUCAAUGACAAUGUACUAUUUAUAUACUAGUGUUAGAUACUGUUUACAACAUGGACGGCUGUGCUGUAUCGGAUAUAAAAACUCGAACUCAGAGGACAAGAGUUUGUAUAUCUGAUAUGACACUGGAUGCAAAAGCUGUAAAUACUAUAUGCCAAGAAAACCAAUGCUAAUGUUGUAAAUCAUCAUGCCCAUUAUUUAUUUUGUGUUUUCUUCAUGAUUAAUUAUUACCAUUGAUAAUAAUUUUUUAAAAUUAAUAUAGCUACUGUACAUAUAUGGGUAAUUUGGUGCAGUGGUUACUGUAUAGAGUUAGGGUUAGAGUUUUCCAAAUAAAAAUAAAUUACAAUACCCAUUAUUCCAGCAUGAGCUCCACCUUUGAAUUUACUAUACGAAUAAAUUCUUAAACACGUCUGAAUUAUCACUAUGAUAAAUUCACGGCAAAUUUUGAAUUUAUCAUAAUAAUAAAUUCGCGGCACCUAACACUAACCUCAACCACUAACCCUUAACUUUUUAAUUUUUUUUAACUUUUUAAAUUUUUUAAAAAAUCUAACUUUUUAAACUUUUUUGCUUUUUAAAACUUAGAACUUUAAAACUUUUUAAGAGCUAUUUUUUAGAAAACCUGAGAAGCUCAGCCCCACAAGACCAGCCUCCCUUCUAGUGCCUCCCUUCCAGUGCCAUUACAUUUAUAACAAGAAAUCUUGUCUAAUGCUUGUGGUUUCAUUAACUCUAUUGAUAAAUUCAAAUAAUUGAUAAUUUCAGUUAUUAUUUUCCAAAAAUAAAAAUUGUGUAUUGCCAGGAGGUUAUGACUUUGCUGUAAAUGCGUAGUAUUUAUUUCAUGAAGUCAUUAGUGCACUGUGCAUAAGUUACAAGUGUAAAGUACUGUACAUGAACUGCCAAUAUAUACUGUACUGUAUACAUACUAUUUCUCAGAUUUCUACAAGUCCAAGAGUAGAAUGCGUUAAUUGUCAUGUUGCUGUUGCCAUGGACAUGAUGCAAGAACAUGACGAAGUGUGUGGAGGAGGUGGUUCAGGAAAUGUUGCUAAUGACAGUGCAAG